AUGGUCUGCCGGAAGAUGUACAGACAAAAUGGCGGAGGUUCGAAUCUCCGCAAGCAUGCCGCCUGGGACGGCAACCAAUGCGUGCUACUCGUUGGUUCACAGGCGGCGCCCGAGGUAAUUGCCUACGACCCCUACAGCGACCAUGUUGUCCGUGUCAUCGAGAUCCCAGAUAUCGCCCACAACACAGAUUACUACAUCUCAAGCGUCCAUUGGGACUUUUACACGGGCCUCUGGACCUUUCUCGCCACCAGCCGCCGCGCGGAGGAGUCGGGCAACAACUAUGUCAUCAAGUACGACGUCAACGAGAACGCUUUUGUCUGGAAGGUCAACCUGAAAACCUUAACCAGCAAGAUCGGCGGCUGUUACGGCCUCGAGACCGACUUUGAAGGCAACACCUACGUCGCCUGCACCGACGGUAACACCAUCAUCCGCAUCUUGUUCGAUGGCCAGUUCCCCAAGACUUGGUGGCCGGAACAUGUAGACACCAUCGAUCGGGCCAUCCGCGGCCUAGCCGCCAUCCCCGAUUCCAGCCGGCUCCUCACCCACGACGGGGAGGGCCUCAUCGGCGCUUUGGACAUGACCAUGGAGUUCGGCCAGUAUCAGCCUGACUGGCUGACCAACACAAACAUGAUGAUCCCCGACGUCCAAGGCAUCACGCUUCCGCCAAAGUACCAGAGCCACGUUUGCCUGUUGACCUCGCCCACACAGGGCGUCCAGGUCGUCGAGGCCAUGGGGUGGCUGUGGCAGACGGAAGACUACUUGAACCACCGUCAUGCUGUUCAGCACACCUUUACCGUCAUCCCUCCGCCGCCUGCCAUCGCGGUCGAGAAUGGAUAUCCGUCCGACACGGUGCAGGUUGGGUCGAACAGUAUCUUCACACUAUUUGAGUACAAGGACGGGCACAAGAAUGGGGACGAGAGUGUCUGGCAUUUCGAGGAUAUCACGCAGGCGAUUGAGCAGGAUUUGGCCCUGCUGCUUAGCCCUGAUGGCUUUACGGGCUGGAACGAUCCGAUCAUCUGGCCGGAUGCUGAUGAGAUUCGUUUGAAGACGGACCUGCCAGAGGGAUGGCAUUUGAAUCGUGGAACGGAGUAACCAUGGAAAGGCUCAACCACGUCGUGUCACA